UCACUGAGAUAUCUUUUCAGGGAGCCCAGAAAUCCUGGUGACGCCCCUGCAGGCAACACUCAAACAAAAUAACCGUAAAGUAGGAGGACUUGGGAAUACUUGUGGUGCCUCUCUCUCUCUCUCUCUCCCCCUCUCUCUCUCUACGUCUGUCUCUCUCUCUCUCUGUGACAGGCGUCAAAAAUACCACCCAGGGAGCGCGGAUCAGCAGCUUUCCUCGCAGCGCAGUCGGCUCUUGUUCCCCACCCUGUGCUUGGAAUCCUCUAUUCUCCUGCCGGACUCACAGAUUACCGAGAUGACACUGGGGAAGAGCGUUGUUUUUUCUGCCCUCAUGAUUCAAAGUAACCGAUGCCGGCGGGCUGAUUCGACUCUCCAUGUCUGAGAGGCUUGUGGUCGGUCCCCCUCUCUCUCGCUAAGACGCACCGGUGUAAGCCCCCCUGAGACUACAACGAGGGAGAAGAUGUGGAUAUCUCACUCUGCCUUCAAUUCAAAGUGUGUGUUUUCUAUUUGGAAUCAGUGGUGUUGGUGUUACGCAGCCCUGGUGUGUUUGUUGAUCUCGCCUGUCAGGACGGAUGACGCGUGCCCGUCAUCCUGCGUCUGUGCCAGGGACUCGGGGACGGUGACCUGCCGUGACGGGGAGGACACCGACAUACCGGGGGACAUACCGGAAUGGACGUCCACCUUGAUACUUCGGGGGAAGAACAUCUCAACUUUACAGCGCGGUGCGUUCAUGAUCAACGGCACGGAGUUGGAAAUGACGACACUCUCGCUCUCUUUCAACGAGAUCCAGUCUAUUGAGCCCUACGCCUUCCUGGGACUCCCCCGGCUGCAUUUGCUGGACCUGAGCCACAAUCAGCUUGAGUCCAUCUCAGCCCGGGCUUUCCACGGGCUGCUGGAGCUGCGAUCCCUUUACCUGAAUUACUCUAUUCUACCUGCGGCCACGGCGCAGCUCUCCACUGCGCUCAGCACUCAAAGUUUGCGCUACCUCCACAGGCUGGAGUUGGCAGGGAACUCUCUGACAUCUAUCCCCUUAAUAAGGUUAGAUAUCUACAACCUCCACGCGCUGGUGCUUAUAAAUAACUCCAUUGAGAACAUUGGGAGUGAAAACGUCACCAAUUUGUACCAGCAAAGGCGAUUGCGCGUCUAUUUGUCCUCAAACCCUUUUCGGUGCACCUGUGAGCUGGAGGCGUUUUAUUACUGGGUGAAGAACUCCUCCCAGUGCCCGGAUGCAGGGUGGCUUAUGUGCAUCGAGCCGGAGUCCAAGAAGGGGACCCCUGUGGAGAAGCUCAGGGGAGAGGAUGUGGAUUGUAUGAAUGAGAACCUGGAGGCGGUUUCCUACGUCUUCCUGGGGAUAGUCCUGGCUCUGAUCGGGGUGGUGUUCCUCAUGGUGCUGUAUCUGAACCGAGGAGGCAUCAAACGGUGGCUCAACAACAUCAGGGAGGCGUGCAGAGACCAGAUGGAGGUGUACCAUUACCGCUACGAGCAGGACUCAGACCCGAGGCUGGCCAACGUGGCUGUUUGAGACGCUGAAACAUGAGGCCAGGCCUGCAUGGUGAGAGGAGAGGAGAGGAGGCAGCACGAACUGGAGUAGUACUCUGAAAACAGGCUGUGAGGACUCCCUGUGACAGUCUCUGUCCACAGUUUUUAUAAAGCAGUCACUUUCAAGUGAAGUGCAAAAACCCCUCUCACUGCAGGAACAACAGCCAAAGACAUAAAACCACUUCAAGGACUAAGUGUUGCACCACUGAACACUUGAAGAAGUGUUGUUUAUACUGUACAUAAUUAGCUUUUCAUGCAUUAUGUUACCUGUUAGCAUAUCAGUGUAACUUUAGUAUUAUUUCUCUUAUUAACCAAGUGACAAAUAUAGGUAGUAAAGGUUUAAAGAACAAGGAACGAAAGGUGAAUCGAUGGAAUUACUGAGAGCUGCAGCCCUCUGCAAAGUGGUGCAAAUGAGGAGUCAACAUUCAUGAAACCCUGCAGGGAGAGAGCCAGGUAGACAGAGUCUGUUUAUAAUGCACUGAGACAGAGCAUUAUGCAAAGCAUGCAGAGAGAGAGAAAAGCGGCGGAGAAGAAGAGGGACUUAAAAUGAGAGUAUGUUGCUGUUGGAGUGCCAUGUUCGUUCAAGCAGGCAUCAUUUUUCACCGUGGCACAAAAUACCAACCUUGUUUUUAUGAGCAGUGCUUUGAUCUCUGGAAAUAGCACAGGAGUGUAUCAUCUGACUCCAGGUCAUUUUAUCAGAAAACAGGUGGAAAAGAGGAAGAGACAGACUCUAACCAUGCAUGUGAUUGUUGUAGGCGUAGAAAACCAACCAAAACAUUAAUAAAAGGUCGAAGAGAAUGGCGAGUUAGCGGUGUUCUGUAUGUCAGUUCAUUUCAGCAUCACUCUCGGGGAAUGUUCAUGCAGUGUAUUGAUGGUAAUUUGAAAAAUGGAAAUGUUCUCCUGUUGGAAAAAUGUUUUGUUCAUUUGCUAGUCGCAGGUGUGAGUAGGUAAAAAAUGUGAGUUAUGUGAAAGACGGGAAGAAGACACAUCAUCCUCACUGCCUCUGGGUUUGACACAAAGUCUGGAUGACUGGCAGCAAAAAGUGUAAGAGGUGUACACGGGGAGAUGGAUCAGGAAAACAUGGAGAUGUUAAUUUCAUCAGUACUGAGACUAAUAAACAACAGGGAAUGACAACAGACCUGUAAAAUUCAA